AUGGAGGCGCCGGGGCAGGCGGAGGUGGAGAAUGAGGACGGCGACAGCAACUGUGGGGACCUGUGCUGCAUGGACAAAGGCCUGCGGAGCAUAUCAGAGUUAUCCUUAGAUUCAACCCUCCAUGCCAUCAAUCUGCAUUGUAACAACAUCUCGAAGAUUGAAGCCAUUGACCAUGUCUGGAAUUUACAACAUUUAGACUUGUCAUCUAAUCAAAUAAGUCAAAUAGAAGGGCUAAGCACACUGACAAAACUACGCACUUUAAAUUUGUCCUGCAAUUUGAUCACAAAAGUAGAAGGACUUGAAGCACUAAUUAAUCUGACUAGACUGAAUUUAUCCUAUAACCACAUAAAUGAUUUAAGUGGUUUGAUGCCCCUUCAUGGAAUCAAACAUAAGCUUAGAUACAUCGACCUGCACAGCAACUGCAUAGACAGCAUCCAUCACCUACUCCAGUGCGUGGUGGGUUUGCACUUCCUGACGAACCUGGUUUUGGAGAAGGAUGGCGACGAUAACCCUGUCUGUCGGGUGCCGGGGUACCAAGCAGUUAUGCUGCAGACCCUGCCACAGCUUCGAAUCCUGGACUGCAAGAACAUAUUUGGUGAGCCGGUCGAUCUCUCACAGAUUAACUCCUCAAGUCUGCAGUGCUUUGAAGGUCUUUUGGAUAAUUUGGCUUCAUCUGAUUCUCCCCUAAAUAUCAGUGAAGAUGAGGUCGCUGAUGGAAUGCCACCGGUAGUUACAGCCCCCACGGGUGAUGACAUGGCCCCCCGGGACCCGUUUGCAAGUACACCGACUGACACUGGGCUGCCAUCAUUCAUGUCUGUGUGCCCACCUGAGCCAGAGAAGAUUAAUGAAGAUACCGAUUUUCAGAACGAGAUGAAACUUCAGAAAUUAGAUGAUCAGUUUUUACAGCUUCUCAAUGAAACUUCUACUUCUUUAAUGAAUAAUGUUCCCGAGAAAGACCUGAUGCUGAAAAGAGACAUGGAUAUCACUUCUGAAAGUGAUUAUGGAAACAGAAAAGAAUGCAAUAGAAAAAUUCCUCGAAGAUCGAAAAUCCCAUAUUAUUCUAAAGCAAUUCAGACCAUUAAGCACUACAACAAAAAUAGUAACUCUUCCAUAAGUUACAGUCGUAAAAUGAAGCAGCCUUUCUUUAAAGACUUGUAUGUGUGUUCCUCUCUGGCAAACUGCAGCCAAGUGGAAGAGGUGGAGGAGCCAAGGACUGAGCUGAUGAAAGUGAACAUCAGUUGCCCAGAGGACACCUACCGGAUACUUGUCGAGCAGCUAGACCAGGAGAGAGAGAAGAGGUGGAAAGCGGAACAAGCUGAAAAGAAGCUCAUGGAGUACAUUGAUGAACUGCAUAAACAUGCAAACGAAAAGAAAGACAUCCACAGCCUGGCUCUGCUCACCACAGACAGGUUAAAGGAGAUUAUUUUUAAAGAGAGAAAUUCCAAAGUGCAACUCGAAGUUAUGGUUCACAAACUUCAAAACGAAAUUAAGAAACUAAGUAUUGAAUUAAUUAAAGCGAGAGAUCAGCAGGAGGACCACAUCCGGCACCUGAGAGCCCUGGAGCGAGCGCUGGAGAAGAUGGAGCGGCAGAAAGGGCAGCAGCAGGCGGCACAGAUGAGGCUUAUCGAAGAGGUGGAGCUCAAAGCGGCAGCUGCUGACCGAGAAAUUACCUUGCUUCGAACUUCCCUUCAGCAAGAAAAGGAGCAGGUGCAGCAGCUUCAUGAUCUCCUUGCACUGAAGGAGCAAGAGCACAGGAAAGAACUUGAAACAAGGGCGUUUUUUAGUGAAGCUGAGUUCCAAGAAGCCAUAGCCAAGGAAGUGGCAAAAGAAGAAGUAAAGCAUGAACAAGAGAUCAAAGGAUACCAAGAAAAAAUCGACGCAUUAAAUCAGCAGUACCUGGAUUUAGAGAAUGAAUUUCGUAUUGCUUUAACUCUCGAAGCCAGAAGAUUUAAAGAUGUUAAAGAUGGUUUUGAAAGUGUUGCAACUGAGUUAGCGAAGAGCAAGCAUGCUCUUGUUUGGGCUCAACGGAAAGAAAAUGAGUCUUCCUCUUUAAUUAAAGAUCUGGCUUGCAUGGUGAAGGAGCAAAAGUCAAAGCUUGCCGAAGUCUCCAAAAUGAAACACGAAACAGCAACAAACUUGCAGAAUCAGAUCAGCACCCUUGAACUCCUGAUCGAAGAUGACAAGCAGAAGAGCAUCCAGCUCGAGCUGCUCCAGCACGAGAAAGUCCAGCUGAUUGCCGAGCUCGCGGCCAAGGAGUCACUGAUUUACGGUCUCAGGACAGAGAGAAAAGUGUGGGGCCACGAGCUGGCACAACAGGGAUCUUGUCUGGCCCAGGAUCGCGGGAAACUGGAGGCGCAGAUCGAAAGUUUAUGCAAAGAGAAUGAGUCUCUGCGGAAGACAAAUGAGCAAGACAGUGACACGCUGAAGAUUAAGUGCAAAAUCAUAGAGGACCAAACCGAGACCAUCGGGAAAUUAAAAGCUUGUUUACAGGAGAGAGAGGAACAGAUCAAAAUAUUACAAGAAAACAUCUGUGAAAUACAGAAAUGUACUCAAGAACAACUUGACGAAAAAUGUUCGCAAAUGGAUGACAUAAUUGAGAAACUAGAAAGACACAAUGAAAGAAAAGCAAAACUAAAACAGCAGUUGCAAGUAAAGGAAUUAGAACUUGAAGAAAUUAGAAAAGCUUACAGUACCCUUAAUCAGAAGUGGCAUGACAAAGGGGAGCUCCUCUAUAAUCUGGAAAAACAAGUAAAGGAAGUGAAGGAGAAAUUUGAGAACAAGGAAAGGAAGCUGAAAGCAGAAAGAGACCAAAGUGUUGAGCGACAAAAGGUUGCUGUGGAAAAGCUCCAUUGUAUGGAUGAUGCCUUUAAAAAGCAAGUGGAGGCAAUUGUGGAAGCUCACCACGCUGAAAUAACACAACUGGAAAAUGAAAAGCAAAAAUAUAUUGAUUCUGCAAAUUUAAAGGUUCAUCAAGUUGAAGAAGAAAUGCGUGAACUUCUGCAAGAAAACUGCAAGAACAAAAAAGCACUGGAAGCAAAAAUUAAGCAUCUUGCUUUUGCUCUAAAUGAAAUUCAUCAAGUCUUGUGA